CUUAUCCAAUCUUGAGGCCUAACAAAACCAACGACCCUCCACACUUUCAAUUUGUCCAAAAAAAAAAUGGGCCUCCUUUUUAUCAGAUCAUCUUCACCAUCCUCUAAUCGACUGGUUCUCAAUGCGCUGAGCCAUUUUUUAUGGCGGAAACCGCCAUUUCCGUACGCCAAAGAAUACCCUCAGCCCAGGCCUUCUCCGGCAUUUGGGCUGACAAGAGGUUUCCAUUCGGGCUUGGCUAUGCGAGCCGGGUGCACUGUAGCCGAUUGUUCUGAUGCCGAGGAUGCAAAGUCUUCGGAUGAAGGGCUUGAGAUCUCGAAGCUUGGGAUUUCAGCGUUGGCCAGUAGGGGAACCCAGAAGCUCUUCCCAAUUCAGAAGGCAGUUUUGGAACUGGCCAUGCAGGGGCACAACAUGAUUGGGCGGUCAGGCAGAGAUCCUUUAGCUUCUUGGGAUGUUGCAAUAGCCCGCCAAAUGAGUACUCUAGACCGUGGUGCUGAUGUGGUUGUCGGGACCCCUGGCCGAGUCCUUGAUUUGAUCACUUGUGGGGCCUUGAAUGUGUCAAAAGUGCAAUAUGUUGUCCUUGACGAGGCUGAUCAGAUUCUUAACGUGGGUUUUGCUUAUGAUCUGGGUGAUGUUGAAUCAAGUGCUGCGAGUGAUGCUAUCGAGGAGCAAACACAUCAACAUAUUGAUGCUCGCUCAAAGGCUAGGUUUGUGUUUAAAUAAGAAAAUAUCAAACCUAAUGCCUUAAUUAGUUAAAUGUAAAAUAACACUAAAUUAAAUCUCGAAACUCUGAUUAAAUGUAAAAUACUGCUAAACUAAAAUGUAAAGUAAUACUAAAUGUAACUGCAGUACGUUUCUUAAAAUUCAUCUAAUAAAUGUUCAGUUCUCUUUUAGUUUUUUUUUUUUUUUAAUUUUGAUAGCUUCUCUAUGCGAUCUGAAAGAAUGCGGAGAAGAUGUCGACAAUCUUUUCAAACUUUAAAAAGAACAAUGCGGAGCUUGAUUUAGAUCGAAAUCGUCUUGUCCAAGUGUACCAUAUGCCACUUUUUUAACCAAUAAAUACAAAUAUCAUGGCCUGAAAAUACUACACUUGUCUGUUUCACAGUAUUGUUAUUUGACAUUACAUCUAAAUGACAUUCUUGCCCUAGAUUUCUUUUUAUUUAUGAUUUAAAUAUUGUUUUUAUUGGUUUUAUUAUUUUUUCAAUGGAUAAUUUUGUUGUGCUGCGAGAAAGUUUUUUUCUCAAGAUACUUUGGACAAAAAUUUCUCCCGCGAUGAAUUUAAAGAU